AUGGCUCGUGGCCCAGGAAAGGUCCGCGAAUUCGAUUACUCGAAUGUCGGAACUCUAGGAAGACGUACUGGUCUUCCAUUGAAAGAAGGGCGACGCGACGAACAUGGAAUGGAAGAAGUGGACGGGCUAUUUUCAGACUCUCCUGAAAAGUCUCCUAUGGAUCGGAAUGCAUUCGAUAUUGAAGAAGCUGAAGCAAGUGACGAAUCGAUUGGUUCCGAUGGAAUGUCUAUGGAUGAAGACAACGCGCCUGGUCCCAUGGACUUUCUGAACCACAAGUUUUCGCAAAAUGCUAUGCGACCCCCACCUGCUCGGUCACCGGCAAAAUCAGGAUUUUCGGCGUCUGCUCGAAGAUCUCCUGUCAUGCGAUCUUCACCAGAAGCAGAAGAUGAUAUUUUAUCACCCAGCCCAUCUAAUGGUAAAGGCUUGACCCCACAUAGCGAAUCGCGUCAAGAUAUUUCUCCAUUGACUUCACGUUCAGUGAAUGCGGGUGUAUCCAAGCCAAAAACAUCUUUACGAAAAACAAAAGCACAGCUAGCAGCAUCCGAGCCAACUAUUGUCAAUGACUUCUCUGACGGAGAAGGUGAUGAAAAUACAGGAUCGUUUACUCCGGAGAAUGAUUUUGAUGAUCAAUUUGAUGAUGGUAACGAAACUGUCAUGCCAGAUGAUGAUGUACCAGGAAGUGACGAGCAGAGCGUGGACAAGGAAGAGGGCUCAGUGCUCGCGGAAAGCUCGCGUCCAGCACAGAAAAAAAUAUCGACCUCAAAACCCCCCAAGAAAGGGCCCACGGCUACAAAAAACAAGUCAGAGCAGAGCGGCGCUCAAUCUUCCAGGCGAGGACGGCCGCCCAAGGAUUCACAUCCUGCUGACGAUGAAUCCUCAGAUACAAGACCGACUAAAAAGAAAAAAACUUCAAGGACUGAUACUAGAUCUCCACGUGAGCCGCUGGAUCCGGAGCUUAACCGCGUGGUCGAGGAUUAUGCACAACGUUCGGGCCCUUUGAAAGGACGCAGCUUAUACAUUCUCAAGAAGGAGGAUCCCACAGAUACAAGCUCCACUCACACCCGCUCUGGGCGGGUGUCAAUUCGGCCUCUGGCCUAUUGGCGGAACGAGCGAUGUGUGUGGGGUGACGGUGAAUCUGCAGAGGGGCAACGCUAUCCACUCUCUACUAUAAAGGAAAUUGUGCGCACUGAAGAGCCCAAGCCAGAGCACUCAAAGAAGGGUAAGCGUAAUCGUAAGCCCAAAUCUAAGAAGGCUAAGGAUGAUUCUUCAGAUGAGGAAGAUGAAGAGGCAGAUCAGUGGGAGAAAGAAGGUGUUCUUCAUGGUUACGUGCCUAAGUGGGAUGUCAAAGCCCAGGCCAGCACUGAGGAGGAACAAGUUCUUGACAUUGCAUACGCUCCUUCUGGAAUUGUGACCAGAGACGUCAAAGAUUCGACUUUCAAAUUUGCGAAGCUACUCAGUUCAUCUUUCAUCGGGUCUGGUGUGGUAGAGCUUCCGCCAGAUGGCAUCAAGAAGCCGAAGAAUUCUAAAAAGAUGCAUAUGGUCUUUUAUGUUUGCAGUGGUCGUGUUCAGGUAGAUAUCUCAGGUGUCCAGUUUCAUGCUGGAAAGGGAUGCGUAUUUCAAGUGCCGCGUGGCAACUAUUACAGCUUCUCCAAUGCAUGGAAGAAGACUGUUCGACUGUUUUUCACGCAAGGCUGCGUUCCUGUCGAGGGCGAAUCAUCCGAAACAAUCAAGAGCGUUGCACCGGGGAGUGAAUUCGAAGGCGAGAGUGCAUCUACUACUCCAGCCGCAAAAACUCGGGGUCGUCCCAAAGGCAAGCAGAAGGCGAAGUGA